AUGUAUCGGGCCUUGUGCGACGCGUGCACGAAGAAGGAGAGACUAGCCACAUUUGUUGGGUGCCCACUACAGCUGCAGUUGUGGUCUUAUGAGCGGUUCGUGAUAGGCCGACCCAUUGUGGACCAAUUCCCGUACCCUGAGGAAUGGUACGGCGAGCCCGAGGAGGAUGGGCCCACCAUGGGCUCGAUGUGGUGUCGACGCCGGUCGCAUUGGGCGCAUGAGCAGGCCCAUAACGCGUACGAGCUUUUUAGGUCGCAGUUCGACUAUCUUCAUCCAGACAACAUGGUCUGGACCCCCUACAGCCACUUGUUCAUCCAAGCAUGUGCGCCUUUCGGUCUGUCUUCAUUGUGUAGCCGCGACGAGGAGUACUGGAUUACGAAGAAGUCGCUCAUCUUCGACAUCUACGUCGAGGAGUACUCACCCCACCACGUCAUGAGGCAGUUUGGACGCUUCCAAGCUCAUGAAUUUGCAUGA